AGAAGUAGAAUCAUAGACUUUCAAAACAACAUUCAUGCUAAUGUUGAGCCACUCAACUGCAGGCUGUAAGCUCCGCUGGUUCCAGUGACUCAUCACCUCGGGCUAUAAAAGGAGGAGCUUUGACUUGGAGGCUGAACAGCAUACUAUAGAACCAGUUAUUCCGUGUCCCAGUCAAUCACUUCCAGAGCGGGACCUUGUUGACUUGAACGAAACCACAGCAACCAGGAGCUACUCGCCAGGACCAACUGAAGACGUGAAAAAAAGCGAAAAAAAACUUUGGCGUGAAUUACAGUGAAGAAACUGGUUGGGCGGGAUUGGGAGGUUGUGAGAUAAGUACUCUUGCUGCAGCUUGUUGGCUUCACGUGUGAGUUGGUUUGCUUGUUGACUUGAGUGAAACUCCAGGCCGUACAAAUGGCAAACGGCUCAAUGUACCAGCUCAUCGAGGACUGCGAGGCCACAAACAAGGCCCUCUACAAGUUCUAUGCAGCGGUCAUGAUUGUCAUUUUCAUCUUGGCUAUACCGCUCAAUGUGUCUGUCCUGCAUCUCUUCAUUUUCAAAAUGAAGUUCUGGAAGUCCAACACCAACAACAUCUUCCUCUUCAACCUGGUGCUGGCUGACAUCCUGCUGCUGUUCUGUCUUCCCAUCAAGGCGCACAACUUCAUCCAGGGUGAACGUAGGAGCGGCAACGACGCCGUGUGCAAAGCUAUGCUAUUUAUGUUGUUCCUCAACCGAGGAGCCAGCAUCGCCUUCCUCACAGUCACCUCCAUCGACCGCUACUUUAAUGUGGUGCAUCCGGGCCGCAAGAACCUGCUGAAGGCUCUCAAGAAGUCACCGCACAUCUCGAUCUUCAUAUGGCUGCUCCUCCUGCCCCUCACCAUUCCUACCAUGCUCAAACAUUUUGACUGCUGCAACAGCCACAAGAGUGAUGAAAACAAGGAGGACACCUUGAUCAAGGAUGUGGUGGACAGUUUGCGAGAAGUGGUCUUCUUCACGCAGAUCAUCAUCCCCUUCAUCAUUCUGGUCUACUGCACCGUGCACAUCGUCAACCGGCUCAGAAAGAAGACCAUUGGGGACAAGACCAAGCUGAGGAGAGCCGUCUUCCUGGUCACCUCGGUCAUGGUGGUCUUCUCGCUCUGCUUCUUGCCCUGCACCAUCUCCAGGGUGGUCCUGCUGGUGGCCCGGGUGCAGGAGUGGCAGGAAUCCUCCCAGGACAAAGCGGCCGUGGCCUUUGACGGGCUCAUGGUGCUGUCCUACAUGGACUGCCUGCUGGACCCGCUCGUCUACUGCUUCUGCAGCACCAAGUUCAAGGCGCUCUAUAUCUCUAAUUAUUUCCCCUGUUUUAACAAAGACUGUCCCAUUUCACUGGACAGCUCCUCGGGCAACACUUCACAUCCCAAACGCAACAACGUCAUCUGAGGGUCAUCCAGGCACCAGGAUUAGACGAGAUGGAUCCAAAGCCCCAUCAUUAGGACUUGACUUGAUCAAAGGUACUCCAUGAAGAGUUGGUUAGUUACUGUGGCUUCAUAGCAAAAAACACCUCUGUAGAGGGCCAAUAAAGAAUCUUCUUACUUUUGGUGCUGAUCCAAAAAAAGGUGCAGAUUAUGGCCUUUUUUAAUGGACAAUCAAGCCACCAACAGGACUGGAAUGGGACAGUAUCUUGAGGCGUCAUGAUUUUCGAUUGAACAAAUCAGAAAGACAUGGCUAAGGUAGUUCUGUUUUUGUUUUAAAUGCAAAGGAAGGCGUUAAAAUUUUGGUUUGAUGUCUUUCCCAACAGAACCAACCACAUUUUGAACAAUGGACAGAAUGUGUUUUGGUCCAAUACCUCACCGACCAGCAUCAAACAUGUGGAGCCACUUGGAACUUUAAGGCUCUCUUUCCUGCAAGACACUUGGUGACUGAAUUAAAAAGGCUUUUUCCUCUUCUGCUUGCACAACGCCUUCAUGCAGGGAUGUCCAAACUGGACAAUGUGUUCUUAUUUACUAUGCAGAAACCAAUACAAAGUACUUAAAACACAAACAAAAACAGCCUACAACUCAGCUUUGUAACAUCUCAACCUUUUUGCAUAUAAAUUUUUUGUGUAGUCCUUAUCCCGCUUUAAAAUGGGGUAAUGCUGGCCUUGUAUAAUGUGUUCUUUAGAAUAAAACUAAGCUGCAGGACAAACAUUGGACACCCCUGCCUUAAUGGCCUUUUUGUAAAUAAAUGAAGAUGUGUCAAAACAAAAACAA